CUUUCAUAUCCACAUCACUCUCCUUCCUUUCGUUGCUCCUUCACCGUCCACUUUCUUCACAUCCUUCAUCCAUCAUUUGAUUCUAUAAUCUCACUGCACCUGAACUCCUACGAAGAAAAGCAACAGAAGUAAAGAAAAAAAAAAUGUCAGCUAUCCACGGUCGAUACUUCCAACAGGUCCAUAGCAGCUCCUCCUUGUUUCUCCUGCACCGCAACAUCUUUGAACAGAAACUCGAGCGCCUGUACGAGAUCAGAUACUCUGAAGAGUUCACUCGACGCCUGGAAACAGGCAAUUGGCACGGAUGCUACUACCACUGUACGGGCAACUGCCGGUGCCUGGAGGAGAGGAUCAAGACGCAUGUCUGCGAUGACCAGACGGCGAUCCAUGCGAAUCUUUGGUGCGAGCGCGAGAAGUGUCCCAUCCAAGGAAUUCUCAGUCAUGGGUUUUUGACAAGUUUCAACAUCAAACCUGGUCACUUCAUAUCAAAGCAAGCGUGUAUCGCGAGCAAGUACGGAAUCCGCAAGUGUCAUGAGCGCAUCUUUCUGGCCAUUUUCAUCUGCUAUGCCAGGGACAUCCAAAGAGUGAACGAUGGUCAUAGCCAUGUCCAUUGCGACGAGCACGUCUGCCCCUUCUACCUGGCCAUCAUUCGUGUGUAGGAAAGGCCGUGGACCGAACUCGAUCGACAAUGCAGCUCUCAUUUGACGUACAAGAAAAACCGGGCAUCGAAGAAUGUCAUAAAGAUAUUUUGAAGCCAG